AUGGACAGUGAGCACAAUCCGAGAAAGCGUUAUAGAUAUCAACGCUGGCCAUCGCAGACAGAUGAUGCUGAUUUUGGAAUAUCCCAGAUGUCAGGUUUAUUGAGGAAUCCUGAGAUGGAUUUGGAUGAAAAUUUACGCGAAAUCUUCCGCAUACGCCAGGAAAGUUUAGCUGAAUCACUGGCAAGUCAUUUUUGGGCGCUUGUAAUUAUUGGAGCAAAAUGUUGUGGUGAAAUAUUUGCUAGCUUCUGGCUUGGAUAUUCUUUGCUAUCUAUUUUUUUGAGAAAGCAAAUUCCCACAUUAGUUUUCAAUUAUAUUGUGAUGCCUGUUUUUGCAUACUUAUUAAAUCAGAAAACUCCAAUGACUGAAUUAAAUAUGGCAGACCGUCGUUGGCUUGUCUUAGCUUACUCAUUUUGGGUUGGAGCUUCAACUCAUUUUAUGCUAAUUAACUGGGAUCCAGGAGCAUGUUCACCUCCACCUAUGUUCUCACCAUCACUCGUUGCGUUACUUUUCGAGUUUAUCGGUCCAGUGGUAGCUCAUGAUCGCCCUUUGCUUCUGCUAAGUACUGUAGGUGUUGCAUCGUGCGUGUGUUUCACUUACGCCUAUAUUUAUGCAUGUUUCACAUUUACAUAUUUCUAUAUGUCGAUAAUUGCAAUUGCUUCGUCAUUUUAUUCUAUGCAGCAACAUCUUGCUGAUCCUGAACUAGGUUACGGUGAUUUGAGCGAGGGUCACGUAUUGCUUCCAAUUCAAUCAAUGUACAAUCAACUUGUGAUGACUAUUUUAUUCGGGCAGUACAUUUGGAAUCGAAAUCCGAAAACAGCUAAACCUGACACCUUGGAAGAAAGAUAUACACUUUUAUCAAUGCAAUCUUCACAGGUUCUGCAAUUACUUCAAAGAGAGCUAAAUGUUGAUGAGAUUCAUGACCUUUAUCCCCAGUUAACUGGUGGAUGUAUUAAUAAGGCUAAAGCAUUUAGAACUGACAAGUAUGGCGAUAUUUUUAUCAAAUAUAAUGAUAACGAGAAAGCUCAAGAAAUGUUCGAUGGCGAACUUUUAAGUUUGAAAAGUAUUAUUGAAACACAGACAAUUCGGGCACCAAAACCAAUUAAGACAUUUUCGAUUGGUGACGACCGAUGCUUGGCGAUGGAAUUCAUAGAAAUGCAUGCUGGAUCAGAUUUCGAACAACUUGGCAUGAACAUUGCAAGACUACAUUUACAUAAUAAAUUAUUGAUGGAAAAAAGUCAAAAAAAUCAAUCACUGAUUGGUUUUACGGAUCAACAAUCAAGAGCAACUGAUAAAUUUGGUUUUGAUAUAAUUACUUAUAGUGGCUAUUGUCCGCUUAUCAAUGAAUGGUCUGAUAAUUGGGUGAAGAAUGCUGAUAGAGAAUUAUUGGAUUUAUGGCCGCAACUUGUGCGCAAGAUCCCAGAAUAUUUUAAGAACUGCAAGAUUUAUCCAUGUUUAUUGCACGGUGACCUCUGGUCUGGAAAUUGUUCGUUUACAAAAGAUGGCCCAGUAAUAUUUGAUCCAGCAUCUUUUUACGGCCAUCAUGAAUAUGAGUUUGGUAUUUUGACGAUGUUUGGUGGUUUCGAUGAAAGUUUUUUUACUGCUUAUUACAAAGUGAUACCUAAAAGCAACGGAAUGGAGUCGCGUGUCCUUCUCUAUCAACUUUUUCAUUACUUGAAUCACUGGUACGUUGAAAUACUUUUCAAACAGAAUUUGAUCAAAUCGAUGAAACCACAAAAAAAUGCAACACGUAUUUCGCACUAA